GACAUGGAAUUCCCGUUUUUAUGUGUAGCUUUGUAUACGUCCGCUUUGAGGUAUAUUUGUCAACCAUCUGUUGUUUUUUUAAAUUUCUUUAAAGUGUUAACACAUUUAAAUGAUAUAUAACAAUAGUUUUUUUUAUAAUUAAUUCCCAAAUUUCAACAUAAAUCAUGACAUUUUUACUUUACAUAGGCAUAAUUCUAAAUCAAUCGCUCAUUUUGAAAACGCACAAUUCAUGGACAAUGUGUGUUAGGUUAACUAGACUUUGAAACAUCUAUUGAUUGUAUGUAUAGAUACUUACAUUUGAUCAUUCUUUUAUGAUACAUGUAACAUAUGCAUAAUUCUAAGUUUAGUUUAGUAAUAAGAUCAUGGAACAGUAGAUUAUUUAUAAACCCUUAUCAAAAUUAACAACAAAUAAUUAUUUUAUUAGUAAUUAAUUUUUAAAAAAAUUAAAUUAAAAAUGUUUGUUUGUUUGUGUUAUUAUCUCGUCUAAGUUUGAUCAUUUGUUUGUGUGUAAGAAUGUAAAAAGUUUUAUGUUAGUUUUUAGCUCUAUGCGGAAAUGUGCACCCUAAAGAAAUACUGAACUUGUCUUGUGUUUAAAUUGUUAUUAAAGUAAAAUAUUUUCUUGGUUAAAAUAUGUUUUUAUUUAUGUGCAGAAAAUAUAUGUACAACGUAAUAAAAAUCUUUUAAUUUACUUUGAUCACUCAAAUAAAUUUCUAGCACUUAAUCGUUGAUUUCAUGUGCUUGUCUAAAAGUUUAAUUGUAUGGGCAUAUUAGUAUUUCUUGUGUAAGAAAUACAAAUUUUUUUUUUUUAAUUGUAAUUGUAGAUAUCCAAAAAUGGCAAGCAAAUUAAUGCAAAGUGAGCGAUUUGUAAAAAUGAUCAAUCAACACCUUGAAAUACUCAACGAUGAGAGGAGUACCGUGAUAGACUCUGUCGACCAUCGGAUCAAUCAGGUUCUUAUCUAUAGCAAACAUAUUUUUAAACAAUUAUUUAAAACUAUUGUACAAAGUUUUUGUCUUUCAUUAAAAAAUAAGUCUUAUAUAAGUUCUUUAAAGUAAAAAGGUUACAUAAAGCCAUCUUUAACAUGUUUAUUUAAGGGUUAUCUUGAAUCUAAUGUGUAGGUCCAAAGUGAAGUCAAUGCUUGGAUUAAUGGCGGAAAUAUCAAUCAAACAACUUUUAUCGCGAUGAAUAACAGAAUUCAGGAAAAUCUAAGUCUUUUCCUUGAAAUGUCUGCUGGACUCUCGGGUAAUGUAUAUUACAAUAUAUUUCUAAAUGUUUGUUAUAGAUUUUAAAUAUCAUUUAACUAUAUUAAAAAAGACAAAUUCUUUAUUUGACUGUGGGAAUCCUAAUCUCGUGAGUCCUCUUGGUGCUGGAAGACUAGCACCCUCAAAUAAAACUUGUGCGCUUGUGUCCCAGUGUUAGUUGUAAUGGUUUUGCUAAUCUUUGAUGAGAUGAGUGUGCAUUAUUUGUUAGUGUGCACCAUAAUGGAGUGUGAACCAGAUAUCAGUUUGCAGCAGAUUUGAGUGCGCAGAAAAUGUUAGUGUGCACCAGACGUGAGAGUGCACCAGACAUGGUUGUGUACCAGUGUAAGUGUGCAGUAGAAGUAAAAGUGCACCAUAAUUGAAUGUGCAUCUGUAUCAUUCUGUUAAUGCAAUUCUCUAUUGGCAUUUUCUAUGACUUUGAUAACGGCGUGCAGUCUUUGAGAUGGAAACAACUUAUUCAUUUCAAAAAAUAUCUUAAAUGUUAAGAGUUUAUAUUAUGGUAAAAUAAACAGCCUCCUGUAUACACACAAAUCAUAGUUUCGGAGAUUUAUUCAAUAUUAAAUAAUCAGUAGGGUUGACAAAUACAUUGCAGAAACAUGUCGGUGAGUACAGAAGUGUUGUGUUAUGCAAUUUGUUUGUCUCAAUUCCUUAGAUACUUCCUCUAGUAUUAGGUUGGACUACAUGCGCAAGAUUGGGGCUUAAGCUCAAUAGGUUAACAUUAAGAUAUCUAAUUUCCAUCUCUUUAUACGAUGGUAGAAAAUAUAGGAAACAAAAUAGAAGCUUAAAAAUAUUUAAGAAAUGAAGUUGACAAUAACUUGAAAUGCUAGCUAAACAUAUGGAAUGAAAUUUAAGGAAGAACAAUUUCCAAAAAAAUUACUUAAAAUUUCCUGCAUGAAAUAAUGUAUUUAAAAAAAAAUCAGAUUGUUUAAUUCCUCAUUCAUUCAAACAAAACGGGAAUACCAUUAACUACAUAAAUGUGUAUUUAUCUAAACCAAUAAUUAUAUUUUAUUUUUUAACUUCACAUCUCAAGGCAAACAGAUUGAUGAACAUGAAACUGAUUUAAACAAAGAAAAAACAACCAACAAUUUGACAAGUCCUGAAGCUGGUUUAAAAAUCGAUGACACCAAAACAGGACAUUUAUUUGAAAGUUUUGAAAAUGUGCACAAUCUUGGUAAAUACAUUUUUCCUAAACGGUAUGAGUUUUAUGAUAUAUAUCUAAUUUUUAUAUAUUUUAAUGUAAUAAUUGUUAAAUAAACAUAUGAAAUAAGUAUUUUUUUUUAGAAAACCAUGCAAAAUCAUUCAAUCCAAUUUGUGUUAGAGACAAUGCACGCUACAAUAUAACAAAAUGACGAGUUCAAUGUUAGUGUUGUGGAUCAAAUAAUUUGAAUAUCAUAGUCUAAUAUACAACAAACGAUAAGAAUAAAGCUUUUGAUGAGAGUGACAACUAUACUUCAUCAAUUUUUUUCUCUGGUUGCAACGAAAUCAAGUACUAAAGACAGAUCUCAUAAUACUUUUUAAAAAUGCUCUAUCUUCUUACAGGUGUAUCUGUAGGAUCCGACGCUUCUCAUAACAUGACGAUGAGAUUUGCCGUUCUAGAGGAAGCUGUAUACUCACUCAAAAAGACAACAACAAAAGUUCAAGACAAAUUAGGAAAUGUCGAAAAGAUGUUAAAAGAUCUCUCGACUCAACAAGUAAAUGAUCAUAAAAAAGUGGAAGUUUUAACAAACGCAACAUUGAAGUCUGAGAAAAAGCUAAAGAAUAAAAUUACGGAUCUAGAGAAAAGAUACCAAGACAUUAAAACAAAUUUUGAUAAUAUGUCUGAAACUGUAACAAAUGUUGAUGACAAAUUAAACAGGUUAGAAGAUGAACAUAAGUCUGUGAAUAUCUCAAUGAAUGAACUCAAUGAACAGAUCAGCUCUGUUAGAACGUGUAGCAAUGACGUCCUUAUGUCUAUACAAGAUUUGUCAAAGAGCGUCGAGAGUACAAAUCAACAUUAUAAUGAAAUGUCUGAUAAAAUGAAUCAACUGGAAAUCUCCAUGAAUCUCAUGUCAUCUCAGUUCACGGAGCAGUUUGAAAAUAUGAACAGUCUUAAUAAAGAUAAAACAGACGAUUUGGUAAGCUUUGUAACACAUGUUUUUAAUUUGUUUUACAAAAUAUAAUUUAUGGAAUACUUCCAUAUUUUUUUAUUUUUAUUUUCAAUUGCAAAAUGUCUAUUUUAUUUAACUUAAAAUUAAGGUGUUUUUUUUUAAAUGGUAUAUGAAAUGUGUUCAUUAUGAUAAAUAUAAUGAACUUAAUAAUGUCAAAUGUUAAGAUUUUAAUAAAUUUGGAUGAUAAAAGUUUAAAAUUAAAAUCCCGUGUUAAAAUCAAGUUCAUUUUUAAUUAUAUAUCUAAAGUAACAACUUAUACUAAUUAAUUAAUAAUGGUGUUUUGGCCGACAUCAGAUUUGUAAUGGAGUGUGAGAAUACGCUAGCACUGAGCUACAUGUGUUUAGUUGCGUCAUUUCCUUAACUUACAACUCGCCUUCCGAAAUGAACUACUUAAAUUCAAGUCCGCUUUUAACAAAAGGCCAUUGCUUCUAUCGGGCUGCAGGUGGGUGAGUAGCUGAGUUCAUCUGAACCAUCAGCAAAACUAACAGUGUCUUAUGCUAUAAAAGUGUCUUAUGUAAUGACAUUGUCUUAUGCAAUAACAGUUUCUUAAGCAAAACAGUGCCUAAUGCAAUAACAGUGUCUGAUGCAAUAACAAUGUCUUAUGCAAUAACAAAUGUCUUAUGCAAUAACAAUAUCUUAUUCAAUAACAGUAUCUAAAUGGUAUGUUUAAAAUAAAUAUGGUUUAUUUUAAAUACUACUAAUACAAAAGUUUCCACCAAAUUAUCCUUUUUUUUUUUUUCACCGGUCCGUUUUUAAAAAAAAAAUUAUUGUUCCGAAAUUAAUCCAUUCUGCUACUGUCAAAAUAAAACCCCAUGCCUUCUGAUUAUAACUGGUCAAGUAUUGUAAAAUUUAUGAAUUAUAUUUUUUAUCUUUGAUUUCAAGAAUGAAGAAUUCCUAUCUAAUUUUAUACAUAAAAAUAAUUAUUAAUAAAUAUAAUUAAACAAAAUAAAACGUACUUAAAUACAACAUAUGAUCUGUGUUUUAUUUACGAUUUUGUUUUCUCUUUUCUGGAACAAAAUGUGCAGAAACUCGAACUAGUUAGUGUAAUGUAUAUUUACAUAAGGUCUCUGAACGACUGAAAUGAACUUUGAGAUGCAUCUAUAAUUAUAUUUGCUUGUUACACAGAUUGGUUUGGUUUGUCAACUGUUAUCAAAAAGACUGACUCCCUUGGAAAAAUUAAAUGAGACACUAAACAAGAAAGUCAACUCAGGCGAUAAACAACUUUCAGAGGUAUUGUGUUUUAUUCAAAUGUUAGUAGAAAUAUGAAAACAUUAUUUUAUAAAUAUAAAACGGUCUAUAUUGUUAAAAACAAUGCAGAGUUGUGUUUUUUUUUAUUUAAAGUUUAAUAAUAUAUUUCUACUUUUUUCAUUUACAGAAAGUUUCCAGUGAUAAUCUUGUUCCUGAAAAGUCUCACACAAUUACUGAAAUCGGUAAGAUAUUAGCUAAAGUUAAUCUUAAUAAACGAUUUCGGUUUACGACUUCCAAUUAUCAUCUGAUUUAUUUUUAAUCACUUAGCUGUAAAUAUCAACAUAUUAUAUUAACAUGUAAACUGUGGUAUUUCGCUAUCUCCCUUGUUCGCUGUUGUGGGAAAGUAAGUGUGCGGGAGCGGGAGUGAGUUUUUGUGUAUUCGUGGAGUUUUUUGUUUGUUUUGGGUAUCUUUAAAACUCAGUAGUUUAUUUAUGUCACUGUAUGAUUUUAGCAAUUAUAUUUGGUUAUCAGCAUUUAUUUGAACAUAACAAUUCUAGAUUACAUCAGACCAAUGGCUAAAAGAACAUUUCUUAAAUAUAAUACGUUAGACUUAUUUAUGUAUGAAAUAAAAUUUUGCUUCAAUAGUUGCAUUGCAAUUUACAAGUAUUAAGAAAAUAACUGUUUUUUUUAAAUAAAGUUCUUGAAAAAUCUUUUAAAAACUAUAUCCUAUUAAUUUUGUCUAAAAUCAAAUCAAUAGAAAGUACACAUAAAAUUUGGUCUACAUUUGUCCAGUUCAAGAAUUAGAGUCGAGGAUUUACGGGAUAAUAUGAUCGAAAAGAUGUGUUUAAAAAGAGGACUCUGUAUAGUGAUUUGAUGAGAGAUUAUAUGAGCUGGGAACGAUUGUGUAAGUGUACAUGUAAGAUGAGAGCCGUCAAGCUGAUAGUGUAAGGUUAAUACAACAACAAGAGACAGUGUAAUUUGGAGACAAAUGCAAGUAAUAGUGUAAUGGCGAGAUAAAAAAAAAUAAGUUGUGGAAUGGGCAGACAACGAAAAUUGGUAGCAGACUGUGGAAAAAAGACAAGGCAUAGUGUGAUAGGAAAACGAAGUCUAGUGAGAGUGUAAUGAUGAGAUAAAGAAAAGGGAUAGUUUAAUGGCAAGACGAAGACAAGUGAUUGUGUAAUGUGGAAACAAAAGUAUGGGAUAGUGAAAUGAGGAGAGAUAUACAACGGAUUGCCUUUGAGGAGAGGAUGACAAUGGAUAUUAUAGAAAAAAGAAAGUUUCAUACGGAGACCAAUGCAAGCGAUUGGUGUCAUAACGGUUUGUUUUAAAAUCAGCCUAAUUUUUAUUUUUUUUAAACUAAAGACACCCUUAUUUCUUCCAUUUCUGUAUAAAAAAAAACUUCAAUUAAAAAAACAUCCACGAAAAUGUAUAAUUCUCAUAUUUAAUCUUAUCUGUAGAAAUAUGUUAAAACUGAUUUUUUUUUUAAAUUGAGCAUAAAUACUGUAUAAAUGUGCACUAUGUGUUUACUCUUACAACCUAGAUACCCCGCUGCGUAAAUUAAUAUUAAAGAUGUUCUUAAAAUUCAUAUUUUCUUCCUUUUAUUACAGAACGUAAGUGCAAUCUCCCCAAGGUCGGAUUCGUAGCCUGUAAAGUACUAUAUAAAAAUGUGAAAAAUUGCGAUUUGACGUCGUAUAAUUCUGUUGAUUGUAACCACGGAGGACACUUUGAAAAAUCGACUGGUAUAUUCACUGCUCCUCUCAAUGGCUUGUACUUAAUAUCCAUUAUGACAACAAAUCAGUCUAGUAGUGAAAAAAAUGUAAUUAAUUGUUGCAAGAUUUACAGAGAUACAGUAACUGAAACUAUACUCUUUUCUAUGGCUUCAAAGAACCAAACAGAAACAUGGUGUGCUGAAAUAGCGGCAGGGGAAAAACUAUAUUUGGAAUGGAAGCAAUUUGAUGAGCAUGAUACGAACAGGAUGAAUGUAAGGUUUUCAUGUUACCUGAUACAAACGUGGACAUAAUUUUGCUACCUGGUGUAAUAUAAUACAUAAUAUUAGACCAACAUCCACUACACUUUGAAAAGUAUUUGAUAGUUUCAUGGUCAAUCCAAGUUACAAUCUCAAGCAAUACAUUUGUUAAACAGUUGCUUCAUAUUCCAUUCUUGUCCAACAUCCGAGAUUUCAACAAAAAAAAAUUGUCUUUGUCCACGUUAUGUAUUGAAGUAUAACCAAUAUGUUAGAAUUGAACAGGAAUAUUACUGAAACAUUUGACCUGAUAUUGAAAGCCGACGUGUUUAACUGGGCUAACAUUUGAGACGAGGUCGGACAUCUGCAGCUUGGGAAACAGUUGAGACUUCAUAUAGUAAUACUUACUUUAAAGCUUCUCCAGAGGAUAUUUUAGAGUAAAUAAACAAUGGUUUCCUAGCGUUAGACAAACGCCGUCUGACAUAUGAAUGAAAUUAUCUCUUUACCACAACGGCAUUAAAGUAUGAUAUUUUUAUUUCUAUAUCACCCUCACCGCAUACCAGACCAUAUGAAGUGUUUAUUUUUAUAUCACCCUCACCGAAUACCAGACCAUAUGAAGUGUUUAUUUCUAUAUCACCCUCACCGCAUACCAGACCAUAUGAAGUGUUUAUUUUUAUAUUACCAUCACCACAUAACAGACCAUAUGAAGUGUUUAUUUUUAUAUUACCAUCACCACAUAACAGACCAUAUGAAGUGUUUAUUUUUAUAUUACCAUCACCACAUAACAGACCAUAUGAAGUGUUUAUUUUUAUAUUACCAUUACCACUUAACAGAUCAUAUACAAAUGUUUAUAUCUAUAUCAUCAUUUCCACAUCUUAAAUAAAAAUAUAUUUAUAUUAGGGGCUGGCCUUUUUUAUGCUUGAAAUGUAUUACACGUGGUAAUGUAAGGUCCAGAGAAAACAUUAAAUUUGAACUGAAUGAAAAAUAAUUACGGACGCUAAGGGAUAACAGCUGGCAAUUUGCAAAUUAAAUUAUAACUGUAUCAUUAAUUGAGCUAUUUUGGCCGAAUAUUUUAAGAUACAUGAGCUAUUUGUUACACUUUUAAUACAGUGUAAGCUUGAAUUUGAAUACCCAUUAUUAAAACGAUAAACACAAUGGUGUGUUUUGGACUGUUUGUUAUCUUACGUCUGGUCUAUUUCCUGGGUUAAUGAAACUGUCUUUUUUAUUAAUUAAAAAGACAAAAUCUCUGGCAAUUGUAAGCCCAUAUUAAUAUGUCAACGUUACAUUUUUACUUAACUUUUUAAAAUCAUAACUUGGCCAUUUAAUGUGAAUUGUUUUUUUAUCACGUAAGAUGUCCCAUUAAAAUUGGAAAUGUUUCUCACGAGACAAAUUUUAAUAUUUUCUUUGAUAAUUUUCUAAUAUGUUUAAAAUGGUUCUACUUUUAAGUAAAAUGUGUGCACCUAAUUGUUUUGGCUCAAAUGCAAGACUGAAAAUUUAUAUACGUUUUUUUUAAAAAAUUUUAGGGUUAAGAAUUUUAACUUUAAUAUACUUGAUAUGGCACCUAUUAAAUAUAUAAAUUACUGACCUGACUCUGACCUCGGCACUCAUUCAAUUUCCACUUUUUAAACGUUACUUUAAAUUUAUACUAUUGAUAAAGAUCAUUUUUUUAUUGAAAUUAUAUUUUUAAAAUGUUUUGGCCUCCGAUGGAUGUAAUUUUCAAUUGCUCUUUACUAUCCGUGAAAUCGCAUAGGUUAUGUAAUGUUUUUUUUUAUCAAACCAAGGUUCGCCCACAGUAAAUAACAUUACUAUUUUAACUAUUAACACUGGAAACCUGUAACAAUUUAGGACUUUCUCUGUUACCAAGUAUAUUUACCAAAAAUAAUUACAAAAGUGUCCACUUUAAGAGAUACCUUAAAAAUAAUAUGGACCUGCCUUUUUUAUUUGCAUCAAAAUGUAUGUACAUUUUUAAAAAAUAA